GCUUGGUGCACCCUCGUGCGUUGCCGCAAUGUCCCCUCCCCCCAGGUCGCUGCCCUUUUGGCAGCUUCCUUGCUUCCAUCCUCGCGCCCUCUCCGCCUCAGCCUGGAUCCCGCCAGCUCUGGCGGAGGCCGAAUAGAAGGCCCCCGCGGCCCCCCACCGCGCGGCGAGAUGCCCAAUCAGAGCAGCCCGUCGUCGCGCCGCAGGGGACGCGCCAGCGGUGGCCGGACGCGCUCCCAGUCGAUUUCCCGCAUGCAGCGGGCGCAGGCGCUGCUGAACGAUGAGGAUAAGAAUGGCGGAUCGAAGGCGAUGACCCAGUCUGGACAGACCUCCGACUCCUUCGACUCGGGCGUGCUCGAGUGCCGAUCCGACAGGAGCGGAGGGGAGAUGUCGAGCGACCUGCUGAACCCGAGAUGGCGCCGCCUGAUCCUCGCGGUGUCGCGCCUGCUCGCGCAGCGGCUGUCCGACGCCACGCCGGUCUGCGACGGCCGCCGUGCCCGGGAGAUGGCGGAGUUCGUGCACACCGACGCGACGGGCGGCGGCUCGCAGAUGGAUCUCCACCAGUGCUUUAAGGGUGCGCUGGAGGCAAUGGAGCUAAGUGACAAGAGUACUGGUUUUGUCCUCAUCGGCGCUUAUUACUACCUUCAGGCAGACGACCUGAUGCUCACCACCCAAACGUGGCGGUCGCUCGUCGUGACCUCGCUGCUUGUGGCCACCAACGAGCUGUGCGAGCGCGCGGAGCGCGAGGUGGCAAGCGGCAAGCUCCGACGCUCUGUGGCGCAUUGGUGGUCCGAGGACAGGGCCGACCGGGCGUUCCAGGUCUUCAAGUUGCGCGACGCCUUCGUGCGGGCCCCACUCAACCAGCAGAAGAUAGUGGCCCUGUACUUCGACCUGCGCGCUCGCUCCCUGGAGACCGCUCCACUUGAUGAUGACAGCAGCUCAGGAUUGGCCGUCUUUGAGUUCCCUAACGACCCGGCGACCAAGAGGAAUUCGCAUGUCAAGGCCUCAACGUCGUGGUCAAGCCGCAACGGCGAGAAUGCCGACCGCAGCAACGAUCGCAGCAACGCCAGCCUGGCCUUCUCGGAGUCGAAGAGUCGCAGCACCAUCAACGACGGCUACACAUCCGACCACUCCGUCGUCUCCAUCUGAAGACCGCCGUGCCCGGAUCAGCAUUCGCUCCAAAGUACGCGGGUUUGCGCGGGGCUCUUCUUGUCUGUGCAUUCUGCCAUCCGCGCUUUCGCGGAGCUGGUUGCAGCGAGCUUGUGGACGUUCUUGCAGGCGAACUUGCGGACGGUCAUCGGAUCUUUUCUGGCCCGCGGGAGACCCGGGCGUUCUCUUGACAUAUAAUUCUACGCUUUGAGCAAGCUUUGAAAGCUUCUGCUUCCAUCAUCCCUGGGCGACAAGCCGACUUCUGGUAAGGAAGAGCUAGUCGAGAAAAGGAGGGGCUAGUAGAAGGCGGCCACCUGCAGCACUCUGUAGUGCGAAAGCGUACCGGCUUUGAAUUUCGAAGGAGCGCGGGGUUCUGAUUGUUCAUGCGGUUGAAUUUGUUUAUCUGUAGUUCGCACGUUGUUUGCCCGUAGUGUCACCGCGGCGUUUUGUGUUCUCCCGCUCGUGCGUUUCACCACGCUCGAGCUCGAAGCACGAACGUGUCUUUUCUGAUUUUUCUUGUUAUCUCCCAGGGCCGAUGGCUUGCGCCAGGCCAGGGAGCCAAGUUGUGAGUUGCUGGCUCGUCACGAUUGCGAUUGCGUUGUUAACGCGAUGCUCCUGCUGCUAUGUAGAAACACGCGCACACACGUGCGCGCGCACACUCAUCUGCAAUGCACGCACACGCUAUUGCUCCAAUGUCAGACGUCUUGGUGGUUCGCGAGCGCGCCUCCACCUCACUUUUAGAUCAACACCGCAGCUCGGG